AUGCGGACGGCCCAUUUUUGCAUGCCGUCCGCAUAUCUUUUCUGCGGACGGUGCUUUUGCUCCACGUCUGCUCCUACGUGGAGCAAAAGUGGCGAUGACAGUGCCGUCCGCGGAAUACUUCCGCGGACGACACUGUCAUUUUCAGGGAAUUUAUUCCCUGCAUCGAGACAGGGAAUAAAUUCCCUGACCGAGGCAGUGAUGACGACCGUGAUAAUGCCGUCGUUAUUAAUUUAUUGGGGUGGCACAAUAAUGAACACUCCGGGUGGAGUAGAUUAUCAUUUAGGUUGUAGAAGAAUAGCUGAACUGAGUUUGCGAAUGAGCUUUUUAGAGUUAGAGAACAUAGUUAGAAGGACAAUUGGUUUAGGUGAUGAUACUGUGAUUACGAAGAUUUACUUACGCGUACCUCAGUAUGAUGCAAAUCACAUUGUCAGUUAUUAUGCCUAUCCUAUGACAACCGAUGAGAAUGUGUACAACAUGCUUCGUAAUGCUGCGAGGACCCCGAACAUGCGGGAAAUAGAGUUGUACGUAGAAUACAACACGCCAGUAGAAAUUACUGCAGCAAUUAGUGGUCUGAACUUAGUGGAGUCCGAUCCUUGUGAUGACAGUGAUGACAUUGACGAUGAUGAACGCAACUUCUAUCAGGCUGGCCCUGGGGACGACGAGGAUGACGAUGAUAGUGGAGGUGAGAAUAUAGAGGAAGCUGAGGGGGUUGAGGGUACGGCUGAUGCAGUUUGCAACGAUGGUGAAGGUACUGAAUAUCAUUCCCAAUUUCCCUACGACUACACCCACGUCAACGUCAAUGAAAUGCGGGUGAAUAUGAAUCUGUUUUCUGGACCAUGUUUGAUUUGGGAAGAAGGGAAAGAGUUUGCGAAGGGGAUGCUUUUUAAUUCAAGAUUGGCAGUUCAGAAUUGCGCAACUAGGUAUCACAUGCUGGCGAAUAGGGAAUACAAGAGUUGUCGAACAACUCUCAAAACGAUAGUGUUGGUGUGUAAAAAUAGCGAUAUCUGCAACUGGCGGUUGCGGGCGACAUGCUUAAAGAAAAGAGGAGCCGGCGAUUGGACGUUAACAAAAUAUAACGGUCCUCACACAUGUAAUCCCCAAUUUGCCUCGCAAGACCACCGAAAUUACAGAUCUGCAAUGAUUGCUGAGCAUAUUCGGUUACAAUUGGUAGCGCAGCGAAGUAUAAGGGUGAAAACGCUUCAAGCGGGGAUUUUUGAAAGGUUAGGAGUACGGCCUCGAUAUAAGAAAACUUGGUACGCAAAGGAAAAGGCCAUUGCAAAAAUAUUUGGAGAAUGGGACGACUCUUUCAAAAAAAUUUGUUAUUUCAUGGAAAACGUGUCCAUCACUAAUCCAGGAACAUAUUGGCAUGCUGAAGGUGACCCUGUCGUGCGAGACGGUGAAGUUGAUCCUACAGUCAGAAUGUUCAAGCGGAUGUUUUGGACUUACGAGCCCAUGGUCGAGGGCCUCCGCUAUUGCAAACCCGUUCUCUUUAUUGAUGGGACAUUUUUAUAUGGAAAAAAUAAAAUGGUUCUGUUAACAGCGCAAGUGAUAGAUGGAAACAAUUUCAUAAUGCCUGUAGCGUUCGCGCUAGUGGAAAAAGAAAGCGCUGAAAGCUGGUCGUACUUCUUGACGAAUGUCCGGACGCAUGUGUUACGUGAGCGGAGGAUGUGUAUAAUAUCUGACCGCCAUCCUGGCAUUAUGUCUACAAUGCGAAGACCAGAAUGGGCUGAUUCUGACUACACUCACAAAUAUUGCAUCCGACAUUUGAUUAGCAAUUUUCAUACAGCUAUUGGCAGUCAAUAUUUGAAAGUGUUAGCUGAAAGGGCUGGGCGGACGUACCAGAGGAAGAAGUUCGAUAAGAUUAUGACACGUAUAGAAAGGGAAUCAACUGCAGCGUAUAACUAUUUGGACGGACUUUCUAAAAAAGCAUGGUCCAUGAGCGGCGAUAAAAAGGGGUUGCGGCAUGGAGCGAUGACAACGAACUAUGCCGAGUCGGUAAAUGCGAUGUUUAAGAACCUCCGAGGGCUUCCCGUCACGGCUAUGUUAGAGGCAAUUUUUUUGAAGCUGAAUGACACUUUCUUUAAGCAUUGUGAGACCUACCAAAAAGCCAUCGCGAAUGGGUACCAUAUAACUGCAGUAUGUGGUGACACCCUACAGUAUAGGGGAACAAAGUCUCAAACUCAUAUUGCCACUGUCUACAAUUUAGCUGAAAAAGUAUACAUGGUGGAGACCAUUCGAUCAGUUGCCUGGUCCCAUGCAGUUCCUUAUUGA